UUAGUUAUAGGAUAUAGGAGAAUACGUAAAUGCGGUUUCUCGCGUUUAUUUGACAAUAAUAAUUUAUUCAAUGAAUAACGGUUUUAAAUUUUAAGGGUGAAGUGCAAGUGUAGUAUUAGAAUAAGUGACAAUAUGGUUGAAGCUCAUGAUUUAGAUACCCUUAUGGGAUAUAUGGGCGAUUUUGGCAAAUACCAAGCAUGGCAGUUCACAUUACACAUCCUAUCUGCUGUAAUAGCAGGCCUCAACAUGUUGCAACUGGUCACAGUGGCGGCUAUACCUGAACAUAGAUGUGAAAUUCCAGGUGAAAGCGGCCUGAGUUUCCGAAACGAAAGCCUUUUAACAAACUACAUCCCCCUACUACCAAACGGAAACAUGGACAAUUGUCACUUGUUCAACAUUACAACAAACGAAACGUACAAAUGUGAUUCCUGGAUAUACGAUGACACCUACUACAAAUCGUCACGAGCUAUAGAUUGGAAUUUCGUUUGUGAUCAAAGGUGGAUGGGUGCAGUAGCUCAAUCCAUGUACAUGUUCGGAGUGUUCACUGGAGCAGUAACUCUAGGCACCAUGGCUGACAAAUAUGGUCGCAAACCAGUAUUUUGCUGGUCAGCUUUGUUGCAACUCAUUCUAGGAGUUGGAGUGGCAUUUUCGCCCGACUAUUACUCGUUUAUCUUCAUAAGAUAUUUAUACGGAAUAUUCGGAUCGGCGGGCAGCUACAUUCCAGGUUUUGUUUUGACGAUGGAACUAGUAGGCCCUAGUAAACGAUCAAUUUGUGGCAUGUCUUUCCAAGCGGCCUUUGCUUUUGGAAUUAUGUUGGUAGCUGCAUGGGGUUCCUUUGUCAAAGAUCGUUUUACUCUUCAAAUAAUUUAUGGGCUGCACGCGUUAGUUUUAAUAGGUCAUUUUUGGCUAAUGGACGAGUCACCUAGAUGGCUUUGGGCUAAUGGCAGAAAGAAGCAAUCUGUUGAUAUAAUUAAAAAAGCUUUAAAAACCAAUAAUAGCCCCGUUAACAUAAAUUCCGAUGAUAUUUUAAUUAAAACUCAAGGAAGUCAAGGCAAAUUAGAACAGCCAACUGAAGAAGCUGGUAUGAUGGAUUUGUUUAAAACUCCCAGACUAAGAAAAAUGACUUUGAAUGUUUGUUUGGCUUGGUUUGCAAAUUCUAUAGUUUAUUACGGGCUUUCGUUGAGUACAGGUAGCUUAAAAGGCGACCCAUACUUGAUUCUUCUUAUAAUGGGCUUAGUAGAAAUUCCUAGCUACGCUAUUAGCAUAUAUGCCAUGGACAGAUUAGGCCGAAGGCCUAUAACGUCAUUCAAUAUGAUUUUAGGUGGAAUAUGUUGUAUGCUAGCUGCUAAUUUAGCUAUGGGAAGCCCUCCUAGUACCUUUUUCGUUUUUGUUGGUAAAUUUCUAAUUGCCAGCUCAUUUGCAGUCAUCUACAAUUACUCAGCCGAACUUUUUCCAACGGUUAUAAGAAACUCUGCCAUGGGUUUGGGUUCGAUGUGUGCCAGAACAUCAGGAGCCCUAACUCCAUUGAUUAUCUUAUUCGAUUCGUUUAGUCCGUCGUUGCCUUCGACGAUUUUUGCUGUGAUAGCUUUAGUCUCAGGGUUUUUGACUUUAUUCUUGCCAGAAACUUUAAAUAAAGCGAUGCCCCAAACGAUAGAGGACGGUGAAAAUUUCGGUAUCGGUGAUACAUGUUUUACUACUUGCAUGGGUAGUAAGAAACGGAAAGAGGAAACGGUACCGCCCCCGCACGAACUGGAACCUUUAAAGAAAUAAGUGUGUUUUAUUAUAUUUUUUGAUAAAUAAAUUUUUAUUACGUUUGAGAUAUUGAAUUUAAUUGAAUAAAAUUAACAAAUUUUCAGACUUU